ACAGUCGAGUCGCCGUCACCGGCUGCCGAGGACGUCGUUCGUACUUGGAUUGCUCGUGGAAGGGAUGAAACUCGCGGUCGAGGGGGAAUUGCAUCGAACGCGAGGAGGAAAGCAUCGUGGAGCCGCGUCACGUUGAAAGUUUACGGGAUUUCUUCUGUCAGGAACUUGUAGAUCUGUCUCGGGGACCUUUCUCUCCUUGGAACUUGAUUCGAAACCUCACAUCCAGCCUCUCUAAUAUACCUAACGAAAUGAUUAAAUACUUUGGUGUCACUCGAUCUCGGAUUAAAA